AUGCAGAGCUGGCAGGCCUUGACCGCCAUCAAACUCCACGCAGGCUCCCUGGAAGGGCUGGGUUUGCCGAACGGAUCAAAGCUAGUGUCGGUUCUUUCGCUGUUGAAAGCCUCAAAGCGCUUGGGCCUUCAAUUGGAUGCUGCCGACAUCAAGAAGCGGCGGUCCGAGGUCGGCAGAGAGGCAAUGAACAGGCGCCGGUCCUCUGCCAUGAUCAAGGUCAAGUUCAUGACCGACCGAAAAAGCGGAGCUGCCGCGCGUGCAAGCUUGCUCAACAGCUUCAGCUUGUUUCCCAGUGCGUCCGGGCAACCUAGCCAAAAUACUAGCCGAAACACGAGCCGAGCGGGCUCGUUCUCGCAGGAGACUGCUUGUGCAUAG